GAAUUUUAAUGCUAAAUUGUAUCGACAUAGCUCGAAUGUUUAUCUUCUGGUACGGUCACCGUUCAAUUCAGAGGAGGCGGUCUAUACGGGGCCAAGGACAACCUCGUGAUUGGUUGGAAAUUAGAUUUAUUGACAUCGCCAGUCUCGUGAUUCUAAAGCUCCAGCUAAAACAAUAACAAAACAGAGUUUGUUGCUUUCCCGAUCAGUUUCUGCUCUCAUUGCUGCAAAUUUGAAGCCUUUAUACGAACAAGACAUUGUCGGAGCUAGAAAAAAGGAAAGGUUUUAUGCAUAAGGGCUUAGAAUUCUCUCCACUUCCUGUGGAAGUGGAGACUUGCUCAAAGAAUACUUUGACUGUGUUUCCAUCAGUGUAUCUAGACGAUUUGAACUGUCAGGGAAGUCCAUUCGAGGACGAUCCGCUUUCGGACAGUUCACAAUACCAACCAUGUUCCGAGUCGUGGGAAGAUUUUCAAUCCUUGUCGCCAUUUGGUUUCGACUGGGAAAUGGAGCAGGAGUUCUUCAAGUCAGAUGUGAACGAGCUGGAAUGUAAGACACAGGGUCCAACUCUUGCUGAACUCAAUAAUCAGCGAUCUCUGUCGCCACUGAUUAACCCAGAAAUGGAAAGACUGCAUCGCAUUGCAACACGAAGUGAAAUAGAAGGUGUAAGUACAACCAUUUCUCAUAAUGAUGUUAAAGUUCGGCCAGAAAUACCAGAAAGAAAAAAGGACUUGAUAAAAAUUGAGAAAACAAAGUACUACAACGAAGAAAAUAGUCAGAAUGUUGACAAAACAAAGAGAGAGCCUUUUCCUUCUCAGGCCUGUGUUUUGUCUUCUUACACUGUUAAACAGGAGCCUACUGAAACUAUCGAACUGAAGGAUUCAGAACUAAUGAAAAGAAUUGCUUAUCUGGAAGCCAAAUCAAACAUCCAGCCGUCAUGUGAAGUGGCUCAAAAUGCGAGCUACUCCAAGCUCACUUCCGAACAGAGCCACAGUAGAACUUCAAGUGAGAGCUUGGACGAAGAUGAGCACCUCGCUGUUAUUCAAGAAGAAUCAGCCGAUGAGGAGAUCGACAGUGAAGACGAUGAGGACGAUUCUCAUGCAAAGGAUAAUUUUGAGGUUCCCGCAAAACAGCGUAAAGGACGAAGGGGAGACAUGGAAGACAUGAACCCCAAUCCUAGAAAGUUGCUUGAAAUAAGUCGGGAGCUUAACCGAUUGACUAAAAUCAUAACCGAUCUCAAACCUAUCCAUUCUUUGCCAAUUAAUGCAAGAAAUAAGUCCAAAAAAGAGAAGAACAAGCUCGCUUCAAGGGCUUGCAGACUGAAGAAGAAAGCUCAACAUGAAUCCAAUAAACUCAAACUCCAUGGAUUAGAGUUGGAACACAAACGCUUGGUAGCUCUUAUUGGACAAGUGAAAAAGGUGAUAAUUAAGGAUACUCAAGGAUUCACAGUUACAGGAGAGCUGAGUAACAAAGUAGAGAAGCUCAUCCAUGAUGCAGUUGGUAAUCAGAUUGUUGCUGGCCAUACGACAGCCUUUGUAGAAUCUGUCCUCAAGGCAACAGCCAAUACAACUCCUGGAUGUAAAGGAAUAGAUAUCCAACUGAACAUCUAGAAGGGCCAACAUGUACAUGGCAUGGCGGCAAGGUACAUUCAUCCAAUGAUGAAGCACCCACAUCUCUAUUACUAUCAUGGGUACAUCCUAUUCAUCUCUAUAUCAAUCCAGGAACACCUGCUCUAGGUAUAGGUGGUGUGACCAAAGGGAUCCUUUUCAAGGUUUUUUAACAAGUGCUUGCCCAAAAGUAUAUUCACCAAUAAUGUGCUCCCAGUUUGCCAUAUUUGCAUAGCAUUAUCUUAUUUUGUCAACGGUCUAACUACUACAUUGCAGAACUACUAUUAUUAUGUUAGUUUGGGGUUUUUAGUUUUAUUGAAGAAUAAUUUUAUGCAAAUUACAGAAACUACAUGUAUACAGYAUUGAUAAAUAUUGUGAUUAUAGAAAAUAAUAUGGCAUUACCUAAUUAACUUAAUUAAUUUACAGAUUAAUUGUGCAAUAAUCUUCUUCRUGUUUGGAUAAUCAACAUUCUGCUAGUGAGACUGCUGUUUAUCAUACUUUACUUAUUGCUUUUGUAGUUCCAAUUACCUGAAUAUAAUGACAAAAACACCAUGUGUCAAAUUGUGUUGCACUAGAGGCCUUUUCUUGUUGUUACCUUACCAGUAGGUGCCUGAGCUGAUUUAACAAAAAGAAUAUUUUUUAUACUAAUUUAUAAAUUUUCUUCAUAAUAUCACCUUUWCAUCUGGUCAAGGCUUUUUGAAAUAAUGUUAUAUUAAUAGUGGGUUUCUGUUAACUUCAGAAAUUUUUUUCUUCUGACAAAGCGAACUAGCUUCAGGGUUGAUUAAAUAAUGGAAUAGUGGCAGCUUUAUCUUAGAGUACAACUUUAGUGAUUUAUAUACUUUUGAAAUUUAGUAUGAGGAUCUUAUUGAGAUGCAAAUCAUUAAUUACAUAAAAUUUAAUAGCAAAACCAUUUGUGGAUAUAAAUGAAACAUCAAAUUGCAUUUUUGUAUGCAAUAGAAGGAAAUAAUGAAUAAUUAACUCUUGAGAAGUCAGAUAUUAACACUGGCAUAGAGAAGCGGAAGGAAAUUAACCUGGUUAACAAAAUAAAAAAUUUGUAGACAAAUCAAGGGACAUAAUUUCCUUAAUGUCCUUAAUGCUUAAUUUAAGACACAUAAAUUUUUUACAAACUAUUUAUUCAGAUUAUUAAUUGUAGUGAGUAGUGAUAGUCUGGGGCUGUGUGUGGCUGAUCUGCAUGMAUGUAUAAUUGUGGGUAUAGUAUAUAUAAAUUCAUAGGCUUGUAYGGUUAGAAAUUCAUAAAAGGCACAUAAAAUCAUGAGACUUUGCUUCUCCUAAAUCAAAUGGAUAGUACAUAAAAACAAACUGUGUGAACAUUACUGACAGUCAAAAUUAUAUAAUAUAUAUAUCAAUGAUCAUAUUUUAACAGUUUGUGCGUAGUUUAGAAAUCACAUUUUAGUCCUUGAUACCAAGGAUAUCUGUAUACUUUUUUUGUUGUCUCUGUCAUGAACAUYGUAUAAAAUGCAACUUUGUUUGUAMUAUUUUGAGGUGCUCAUUAUUUUAAGAUUGUUUUGAUUUUGGCUGUGUGAUUUAGGAGAGAAUGAGAAUCAUGUUKUUAAGUCUUUUAGAGUACAGAAAAAGCACCCUCUGUGAGCAAUCAUUGAAUGUGUUAUGCUCAAGUAGAACUAUACAUGUAAGCUGCCACAAAUAUUAUAAUGUUGCUGUGUUGUUUAAUUUGAUUUGUGCAAUUGAGUAAUUAAUAUUUAUUUGGUGGUAUUACUGUGAGGUGUUUAGUCAAUGUCUUCAUCUUUUAUGCUAUUUUCAUUAUGACUUAAACACCAAAUAAUUGCUUUCAUAUUAUUGGAAUUUGAUUUUUUUCAUUAUAGUGAUAUUUAGCUAUACUGUUAUAUUAUUAUUAAGUCAUUCUUGAAAAGAUUCUUUGUGUGGAAAAGUCAGAUGUGACUUUAUUAAGUCAUCAACUUGCUAAUGACAUCUUACUAUUUUUUACAAGAAAGAUAAUGCCAAAAAGGAAAUACUUCAUGAAUUGAUGAACUUUUUCAACUGAAGACUAAGUAGACUCAGCUUACUGGAGAUUUUAAAAAUUUGUAGACUAUUUUAAAAAUAGAAAAUCCUUAUCCAAACAGUUCUUAGUUGAAGUGAGUUUUUCUAAGGUUUUUUCUCCUUGCUCUUAUUAUGAGAAAGGUUAACAAUUGUCUUUUUCAUUAGAAGUUUCCUUUUCAAGAAUGCCUACAUUAGAGUGUAGACUUAUAUGUCAGGUACGCAAAUGUUUGAAUUGGUAUGUGUGAUGAAACCUGUGUGAUAAUUUAUGCUUGCAGUUUCUGGGAUGUUUGAAGAACUAAUUGAGCGAUUAAAAUUAAUUUAUGAAUUGAUGGGAAUUCCAGGCUAACCUGAGAAUUAACAACAACUAGCUAAAAACACCUGUAUUUCACCUGUGUUUUUARCAUCUAACUUGAAGCUUUUUUAUAGGAAAGUUAAUUUUUUACACUUUAAUUUAGACUUGCAUGUACAAGAUAGCAUGACUUAAAAUGUUGGAUUGUGUAUUAUACAUURUUUUACUGUAUAUACUCUCUAUGAGAAAUUUUUUGAGUGAAAUUACAAUAUUGUGAUAAUGUAAAGAUUGCACAGCAAGUGCAUUCUCAUUUUAUUUGGUGUGUUGGUGUGAUGUUAUUGCAGUUUUUAAGUACCCUUAAUUCCAGUUGUAGGUGAAAAACUGCCAUUUACAACGAUAGGGACGAAUAAAGAGYACAAACAUGAGCCUCUUGAAGGGUAUACUUGUUAAGAAGCAACAAUUUCAAGUUUUUUGGAUUGUUGGAGAAGGUAAUUAUUCUCUUGUUGAGAAUGACAAAGACUUUUAGGGGGGAUUUUCAAAACAUUGAAAACUGCAGUAAUUGGGUUCCAGGAAGGACUUAAUUUUUCCAAACGUUUUCCAGACAAAUUAAAAAAGCACUUAAUCAAAUUUAAAAGGGAGUGAUGGGAAUUCCAGAAAUGUUGGAGGAUAUUUAACAUGAUAUUUAGACUCUGUCAUUUUUAUUGUUAUUAUAUAACCACAUAAAUACAGGCAUUUGCAAUAAGGUUGUCUAAUUUAGAAUUUCAUAAACAGUGCAUUUUCAGAUCUCUUUGGGAUCUGGGAAAUGUGUUUGGCAAUGUGCUGUCAAUUAUAAUUUUGACUUGAAAUUCAAAUUUUAAUAAUUGUUUUAUUUCGAAAGCAUUGUUGACCAACAUUUUCAACUGGACAACCUAUUUGAUAAUAUCUGGCUUUAUAUUCAGGUUAGCUUGUAAACAUGAAAGGGAAGRGAAAGGGAAUGUUAAUAAUUUUUGUAGAAGUGAACACUGCUGGCGGAAGCAGUGAUAAACAGCAGUUCCUAUUUAUUACAAUUUUCCAGUUCUUGUAGAUAGUAAUGAAUCGUUGAAUUUUAGUAAUAUAUUAUAUCAGAAUUUUGUACAAAGCCUAUUUUCUUAUUUGCCAUUUACAAAAAGGAGUAAUUUAUGACAGAGUGGAAGAGAAAUGUACCUGACAAAAUGUAUAAAAUAAACUUGUUAUUUGUAAUG